GGGCUUCGUCAAGUUUUGUAGGUAUUUUGGCUACACGAAAAUACACAGCGCCUUCAUCCUUCUCGGUUUCGUGUCGAAAAACGGAAUAUCUCGUUAUUUCCAGUCGAAAAUCGAACUCAGACACACCGAAAAUUCCUAAAAAUAAAGUGAAAAGUGAUCAGUUAAUAAUUAACGAAAUUAGUUUCGAAAACAUACGAAAAAAGCAGGCCAAAAACGAACAUUUUUUCGGUGGGCCGCGAAAGGCGUUGCCAAAUCAAAGGCCACAGGAUAAAACAACAGAUCCGUAACAAAAUUUCAAAUUAUAUCCUAAUCGCAGGCACUAAAGCAAGAGGAAAAUCCCUAACUACAAAAGAUAAAAUCAACUAAGCUAUACAAAAGUUAAUCAUACGCACCGUUAAUAAGCACCAAGUGAAAAACUGACUACAGGAAAACGCAGAGCAAAAAUAAAGGACAAACAAAGGAGUAAAACUCUCUAGAGAAGCAGAAGAAAACAGCAGUAUCAGCAAAGAACAUUCUGCUGCAUAAAUAAUACACUCGACAUACGUAUACGCCAUAUAGGCCAGGACAUACCAGCAGGAUAUAUCACACACACACACGCACGCACUCACACAUACGGACGGGCAGGACGUGCUCCUGUUCUAUUAUUUAACUGCUUUCAACGUCAGCACCACGUUCAACCCGACGAAAGUCGAUUGAAAGCCGCCUUCAACGGCCACAGCAUCCCUCUCUCUCUCUCUCUCUCAGCAAACACAAAAAACAAAAAGGAAAACGAGAGAGCGAGUCCUUUGCUUGCGCCAGUGUGUGUGUGCGCGCGUGUGUUCGCGACAGCAGGAGCGACGUCAACGUCAAUCCGCUCAAUAUUUAUACAUUGAACCGAGUCUCCAGGCCCACGAGUUUUGCGGCCCUCACAACGCAGACGCUCCUGGUCCUCCGCUGGGGCCCAAAAUAAAUAACAUCUGACAGCUGCCCAGAGUCCUGAAUUCGGAGUCCUGAAAGAGCACUCAGCGGUUAGGGGCUAACAAAAGAAGCAUAGCCAAAGCGUGUGGCGAUACAAUUUCCCUGGGAAAACAUCAACCAAACUGAACGCGAUCCUAAAACGAAAACAAAACAAUGGGCGCCAAGGAAAGUGUCGAGGCAGCCGCCAAAAUGAACGCCGAUGGUUGGGGCCAUGUGGAGCGAUCGAGUCGCUACCACAACCAUCGGCACAACCAGCGGUCACAGUCGCUGAAUCGCGGACAGGCGCUCUCGCAGGCGGACGUGAGCGGCAUGUGGUGACAUCGGGGUGCCUCUGGUAAAGGAUCUGCGGCAAGCUGCGCCAACUGCGCCAUGGGUAACAAACUGAGCUGCUCCUGUGCCCCGCUGAUGCGCAAGGCCUAUCGCUAUGAGGAUUCGCCCUGGCAAAGUUCCCGUCGUCGCGAUGGCCAUCUAUUGAGUUCGUUCAGGUUGUGGGCAGAGGUCUUCCAUGUAUCAGCGAGCGGAGCCGGCACCGUCAAAUGGCAACAAGUGUCCGAGGAUUUGGUUCCUGUUAACAUCACCUGCAUUCAGGACUCGCCCGAGUGCAUCUUUCACAUCACCGCGUACAACAGUCAGGUGGACAAGAUACUCGACGUGAGACUUGUGCAGCCAGGCACACGCAUUGGCCAGGCAUCGGAGUGUUUCGUUUACUGGAAGGAUCCCAUGACCAACGACACCUGGGGCCUCAACUUCACCUCGCCCAUCGAUGCCAAGCAAUUCCGCGAGUGCUGUAAAAACGCAAAACGCUUUAAAACAAUCGCACGUAUCCUCUACUACAAUACCGUUACCUAUCCCCUACAAUCCGUUUCCGACGAGCCCUAAUCCGAUCCCCCCAUCCCGAGAAUCCUGAUCCAUCCUCCCCCAAUCCAAGAUCCCAUGCAAGUGGGCGGUUUACGAAUCGAAGCAAUUUUCAAAAAUCCAAAUCAGCUUCACUCCAGUGAGAGUUAGAUUUGAUAGUUAGGAUCAGCAAUAGUUGAAGAUAUAGCGCAUAUAUAUAUAUAUUCUUGGAGCAUCAUUUAUCGCCUCGAAGGCGGCUUCCAUGGAGGUUUCUGAAACCAAAUCGAAUCCAUACGAAUCGAAAAUAGUUAUAUUCAAGCAAACGCACAUGCUUACAAUAAAUUGUUCAAGUUAACCCCAAUCAAAGUUGUAUAAUCAAAAGAAAUGUUAACGUUAGGCUAAGUAAAUGUUCAGCUUAAGACAAGCUAUAUCGCUUAACAUAACUAUCAAGUUAUUAGUUACCAAACUGCGCUAAGCGCCCAAAAGGGAUUGAGAGAAGAUACCCAAUGGCAAAACUGCUCUAAACUUCAAGAACCAAUCAAAAGCUCGUUUGUGUCCCGCACACUCUACUACUACUACUUCCAUAAACUGCUUUCACUAUCUAGAUAUACUGUUGUACGCAAGUAGAUCAAGGCUUUUAGCAUCCAAAGUCAAGCUUCAAACUCUUCUAUCUGCACCCUCUACUAUUGCUACUCGUAGAAGUAGUUCUCUAAGAUAUUUCAGAACACUAUCCUUUCGUUACUAAGCAAACAACACAGACACGCCUACUUCGCCGAGUUCUGGACUCGUGCCACAGAUCUCCAAGGAGAAUUAACCCCAGGUGAUAUAUAUACAUACUGGGUGUUAAGCGAAUAGUUAGACAGUGAGAGAGAGGAGACAGAGAUUAGAUUGAGAGUGAGGAGAAACCGCACACACAGAACCUUGUAAUCCCAAUCAACUAACCUAAUGAUAGUGCGACGUUUUACAGUCGCCUUCUUUCAAAUUUUCACGAAAGGCCUCGUCGUCGUACUCGCUGAAAUUGGAUCCCCCCGGCAAGGGCAAGGUGAAGGCCAAGCGAAAGCCGCUCAGCACUCCGGCGUCGCCGUCGCGCGUCCGCCAGGAGCCCCAGUGCACCUGCAUGUCCGCCGAGCAGUAUGCGCGCCUGCGAACCGAUCCCCGUGUUAGAGGUUCAUCCACUUUGCCGCGUAACGUUGGUUCGCACCGAAUCACCGACGUCGACGGCCAGCAGCAGGUUGGCUCCGGAAAAGUGGUCAGUGCGGUGAGCAGCACCUCGCUGUACGACAACGUGGCCAGCGGUGGUCCCGGUACCAACCAGGGAGCAGAUACCCUGCCGCGUCAGAUGAAGGGCGGUCAGCAGGAUAGACAGGAUGUGGCCAAUAGUGGAGUCAAUACCAACACUCCUGGCGUAAUUGUCACCGGCGUUGGCAACGUCGGCUCCGAUAUGUGCGGCCAAAAUCACGUGGGCUCACAGGUGGGCAACGAUGACCCGGCCGCGUGCCAAAUGGACAUGGAUCUCUCGAAGAGCGAGGGCACACAGGCCGGCGGCGGACUGCAUCAGAGCGUGGGCACAUGCACCUCCUCCUCCAAGGGCACCGGCACCCGCAACAAGGACUUUGGCGAUGAUAUGACACGCGACGCGCACUCGCACGACAUGCACCAGCAUAAUGUAAUCAACAACAACACCCGGCGGAAGACCAAGAGCACCGAGGACAUGAACGUGGACACCAGCACGCUGAAGCGCAUGCUGAAACCGAUGCCCAGCACCGAGUCGCCGGUGACCUCGCCGGAGAUGGGGCGUCGUCGCUAUAACUACUACAACGCGAAUGCGGCCCAGACAUUGGGCCACCCGCCGCACAUGCACCAGCAUGGAAUGGCGAUGGGAAUGGGCGGUGGCGGAGGCGGCGGCCACCACAUCAUGAACAACAACACGAUGGGCCGUGCCAGCAGUCAGUCGUCGCGAUUCUCCGGCUCGAGAUCCUCGCAUGAAAUCGGACGCGGCUAUCCGCCACGUAAUCUGUACUUGGAACUGGAGCGGGAACGUAGCUGCAUCGAGGGUUCGCCGCCCUCGGACAAUGUUAUGUUCGACAACCAGUGCUAUGCGACCACGCCGAGCUCCAGCAAUGGCAACUCGGAUCAGGAUCAAUCCUACGGACAGCAGCAAUCAUCGGGUCAGCAUCCCCAGCAGCAGCAGGGACCGCCGCAGCGAUCCUCGCGACAUCAGCACCAUCAUCAGCAGGCUCCCAAUGUGACACCCACUCCGGGCUCACCCACUUCGCGGCUGCUACUCGAGUACGAGAUGCAUCUGAGGAACACUCUGGCCAAGGGCAUGGAUGCCGAAUCCUACAGUCUGCACACUUUCGAAGCCCUGCUCUCGCAGAGCAUGGAGAAUUUGGCCAAUGCGAAAUCUUCCACGCUGCCAUUGCCGCCACAUCGACCAUUGUCUACCAUUCGCGAUAAGGAGAGGGAUCGCGAUCGUGAUGGUUACUACAGUGAUCGCAAUGAGUUGAUCAGGGAGCGGGAACGCGAACGCGAUCGUGGCUAUCUAUCGGAUCACAAUUCCAGUUUCUCCAACUCGCGAUGCGCCUCUUGCAUUGGCGAAUCGGCUCGUGCCCAGUGGUUCCGUCACUCGGAUGGCUGGCGUUCCGGAAGUUCCACUAUUGGAUCCGGAUCGGGUCAUGGCAUGAUGACCCAGCAGAUUCCUGGCUCCGGUCACAAACGUUCGCCCUGGGAUUCGCUGCCUUCAUUGCGACAGGAUAGCAGUCUCAACGAUUCGGGUUACAAGAGUGCUCGUGCCGAUUCCCUAGAACAACGUGCCGAGUUUAUACGUCAGGAUAGUUUGCGAUCAGAGUAUUUGAGCGAUCGCGAGUCACGCUACGGAAUUGUUCAACAGGCUUCCAUUGAGAGCACCGAUUCAAGGAUGUGCUAUCUAACAUCAUCAGAGAUUUCGGACGAUGAUCGAAUGAGCCUAACUACCGCCGUUUCGGAUGAAGAUGAUGGGGAAAGUGUCAUGGCGUCACCAUAUAAAGCAAAGGCAACUGGCACCGCUGCAUCCUCCUUCAAUUGCACGGGAGCUGUUCGCAAAGCCGGCUUCCUAUCGGUAAAGAAAUGGUUACUACGCAAGAAGCACCAGAUCGAGCUGGCAAGAAAGCGGGGCUGGAAGGGCUACUGGGUGUGCCUGAAGGGCACCACGCUGCUCUUCUAUCCGUGCGAUUCCCGGGAGGGCCGGAGUGUGGAGGCGGCGCCCAAGCACUUGAUUAUCGUGGAUGGUGCAAUUAUGCAACCGAUACCGGAGCAUCCCAAGCGCGACUACAUCUUCUGUCUGAGUACGGCGUUCGGCGAUGCCUAUCUCUUCCAGGCGCCCUGUCAGGUUGAGCUGGAGAACUGGGUGAAUAGCAUACACAGCGCCUGUGCCGCCGCCUUUGCCAGGCAUCGCGGAAAAACUGGAACGCUACACCUGCUCCAGGAGGAGAUCUUCCGGCUGGAGAAGGCCAUUGAGUCGGAUCACAAGCUGAAGCACAUGGCCGAACUGCAGCAAUCAGUUGUCACCGAUCAGGAGACGCGUCAUCAGAUCCAGACGCAGAUACUGCAGUGGGAGGAGAAUCUGGAGCGGCUCCACUGCGAGCAGUUCCGGCUGCGCUGCUACAUGGCCUCGCUGCAAAGUGGCGAGCUGCCCAAUCCGAAGUCGCUGCUGACACACGUUUCGCGGCCCACGAAGAACACGCUGAACAAGCUGGGCGUGUUCACGGUCUCCUCCUUCCACGCCUUCAUCUGCGCCCGCUCGCCCUCGCUGCUCAACAACCUGCUCGCCGGACGCGGGGCCACCAAGCGGCGACCGCCGAUGCUGUCGCGGUCCAACAGCGGUUCCAGCCGUCGCUCCAUGCAGAUGAAUUCACGUGACGAACCGGAAAAAACUUUCAAAGUUGCAAUGCCCGACAAUGCUUACUCGACAGUUUAUCUACGUGAUGCCAUGUCUGUGGAGGAAUUCCUCGCCAGCGCCUGCGCCCGUCGCAACCUCAAUCCCAUGGAGCACUUUGUGCGCGUCAAGAAGCGACGUGACAUGGAGGAUCACAAUUACUUUGUGCCGCAUCGCAACGAUCUGAUUGAAAAUUAUCUACAUAAUCACGAGUUCGUGGAGGUCUGCAUGAAGAUCCUGUACCAGGUGGAGCUGCAGCGCACGACUCUGGAGCAGAUGUGGGGCUUCUCCGUGGAGGCUGAGCUGAUCGAGAAUGCGGAACGGCAGGACGAACUGUGCUGCUACGUGAGUCGCGUGGAGGACAAGAGUGUGGCCAUGCACAAUGGCAUUAUCAAAGGAGACGAAAUAAUGGUCAUCAAUGGCGCAAUUGUGUCCGAUCUAGAUAUGAUGUACUUGGAGAGCGUCCUGCAGGAGGAACAAUCGCUCAGCAUGAUGAUGCGGUCCUCGCGCACGGAGCCACCAGAUCUAGUGGGGAUCAUGAGGGUUACGGACGAUAUGAUUGACUCGCUGGUUUGUCCGCCGCCGCCCACAGAUCCGCCGGUGAUGAGCGAGGAGAUGAUAACUGGACUGAUUGUUCCGGCCCCCGGUUGGAAUGGCACUAGCAAGGAUUUGUACUCGCCGGAGGCUGAAAGCUCGCCGGCCACCUCCUUUGUGGAUCCUGCCGCAAUGGCCGCCCAGCUGGCGGUGGGCGGCGUGGGAGGCGUGGUCGUGGGCGGACUGGGCGUGGCCAAGCCAACGUCGCGUACGAGCAGCUUUGAGAUUGAGAAUCUGCUAAAGACCGCGGAGCAAGUUACCGGAUUUUGUCGUUCACCCCAGGAAACGCGGAAAUCGAGCCCAACCGGCUCGGUCACCUCAUCGGUGUCGACCACGGCAUUAACACCAUCACGGCAGCUGACCGAUGCGGAGAAGCUGCGCAAAGUCGUCAUGGAGCUGGUGGACACGGAACGCACCUAUGUGAAGCACCUAAACAACCUGCUGGAGCACUAUCUGGAGCCAAUGAAACGCGAGACAUUCCUGUCCAAUGCCGAGAUCAACGCUCUGUUCGGCAACAUACACGAGAUCGUCACAUUCCAGCGCCAAUUCCUGCAGAAUCUGGAGGAGUCCUUGGACCUGGAGCCGGAUUUCAACAAGUUCGAGCACUGCGGCCAGUUCAGAAAUGUGCUCUUUGCGAUUGGCUCGGCCUUCCUGUACUACGUCAAUCACUUCAAGCUCUACUCCUCGUUCUGUGCCAGUCACAGCAAGGCGCAGAAAGUCCUGCAUCCGAACGAGGGCAAUCACGCCCUGCAGGAGUUCCUCGCAGCCAGGAAUCCCAAGCAGCAGCAUAGCAGCACCCUGGAAUCGUAUCUGAUCAAGCCCAUUCAGCGCAUCCUCAAGUAUCCACUGCUCCUGCAGCAGAUGCGCAACCUCACAGACACCCGGGCCGAUGAGCAUGUGCAUCUUUGUGAGGCACUCAAGGGCAUGGAAAAGGUCGCCGAGCACAUCAACGAGAUGCAACGCAUCCACGAGGAGUACGGUGCCAUAUUCGAUCACCUGUUCCGGCAGCACCAGAAGUCUUGCAAACAACCCAUUGAUCUAAGUCCAGGGGAUCUGCUCUACUAUGGCGGAGUGGAAUGGCUCAACAUCUCGGACUUUCUGGGCAAGAUCAAGAAGGGACUGGAACUGCAUGCCAUGUGCUUUGUGUUUAAGUCGGCAGUGGUGUUCCUGUGCAAGGAGCGACUGCGUCAAAAGAAGAAGUUGAUGGGCGUUUCCAGCAAGAAUGCCACCAAUGAGGUCGAGAUCAUUCGCUACCAGGUGCUCAUACCCGUGACCGAGGUGCAAGUCCGCGCCAGUUCGGCCAAGGACAUGGACUCCCACUUCCUGUGGGAGCUCAUCCAUCUGCGUUCCCAAUUGCAACGCCGCUCCGAGAAGGUCUAUGUGCUGUCCAACAGCACUGCCGACUUCCGCAACGCCUUCCUGAAGACCAUUCGCCAGAUUAUCCGCGAAAGCGUCCGGAACAUGUCAAUUCCGAUGAAGAACUUUGGCGGCAGCUCCGGCUCCGUCUCCGGCCAUUCCUCGCAGGGCAUGGGCAGCAUGGGCUAUCCGGGCAACUCUCAGACGCUUGAACGUCCCAAGCAGCAGAUCACCAUCGUUCAUGGCUCGCACACUCUGGGCAAACCGAAGAAGAAGUCCGGCUCGCAGCGCCACUCGGCUGGCAACAUUGACUACGACAAUUUGUCGGGCAGCCAGGAGGCGGACGACCUGCCACCCAGUGUGGGCGUGGUCCACUACGCCUCCGGCCACACCCACGGCCAGCAGAUGCAGCCAGCUGGAUUCCGCGGUCGCAGCAAGACGGUGGGCGAUGUUACAGAAAUCACCUGCUCUUCCCCAGAACCUCAUCAGCAGCAGCAGCAGCAGCAACAGCAACAGCAACAGCUGAUGCAGCAGGGACACGCCCAUGCCCACCCACAUCCCCAUCCGCAUCCAAGGGAGCCACCGCCGCCUCCGAUCAGGCAGCCACAUCUGCACCAUCACAGCUCGGACAUCGAAAGGAUCGAUCCUGGAACGAAAUCGGAGGGCGAGGAGGACUCGCAGCAGGGCACAAUCAGGCCCAAGGCCACACUGGGUCGAACGCCCAAUCACCUGACGUUGAGCACCACAUCGACGCUCUCGGUGGGCAGCACCGGCAGCCAGGCGCGCCUCAUUCAAUCGUCGCAUCCACCGGCCAGUUACCAGCCGGUGCUGAUGAAGGACCUAGGUAAGCCCAGCCCGGAUGAAUCGGAGCUCGAGUCGGAGUCGGAGGUGCAUGCCGCCCAGGUGGCGGCCUCCUUUAACUUAAGUCUAGGUAGUAGUGGUAGCUUAUUCGCCUCUGAUGCCAGAGAUAAUCAGACACAGUCCCGCACCCAAUCCCAAAUCCACUCCCUGCAUCCCUCACCUCGUCAGUCGCCGCGUCAAUCGCCGCGACAGUCGCCCAAGCAGGAUAUCGAGGUGAUUGAGAUCUUCGAGAGCGAGGCGGAACGACUGGCCGCCUCCCAGCAGGUGGCCGUCGUCCACCAGCAUCCGUCGGACCAGGCCAGGGAAUCUGGGCAUAAACAGCGACGUGACCGUGACCGUAACCCAACUGAGACGGACGCCACAGCCCGGUUUAUGGACAAGCAUUUGAGUGACCUCGAGCAGGAGAACUUGACCGAUGGCACAUGUGACAUUGUGGCCUACAUGGAGAGCCUGCGCGAGAAGGCCUUCGAUCCGCAGGAUCUGGCCGAAGAUACUGGCGAUCACCAGCAGAAUGACUCUAGCCUCUCGCCGGAGCCACAGACCAUAGUGGAGAAUACACAACAGACAGUGGUGGUGGAUAUUGAGUCGCCCUCCCGGCCAGCCACUGAAUCAGAUAGCACUGGCAACACAACUGGGCCCUCGGAAAGAUCGGGCGAUGAAACGGAGGAGGAGGCCACUACCAGUUCGUUGGCCUCGCAUAUCGUGGUGAUUGACAAAAAGGUGGACAAGAUAUUCAAGGCCAAGUCACCAGAGCGUCCAGCUUCCACCAAAGUUAAAGGUGGUAGAAGGCAGAUAUAUAUAUCGCCAGAUCGGUGCAAGUCCCAGGGUAGCUCGCCUGUAAGGAUUAUCAAGAUUAAGUCACCUCGCACCAGUUUAAGUGACCAGGGCAAGCGAUUGAGUGUGUGCUCCUCCAGGGACAAUUCACAGGAUCGCCUGUCGGCCGGCCGACGGACACCGAGUCCUCGCCGCUCCUCCGAAGGCGGUGGCAUAUUGAAGCACACCACAGGACCGGAUCCUGGUAUCCUAAAGCCACCAUCCAGUCCAGCCAAGUCGAAGAGUCCAGAUCGGAGCUGUCUCAAAAAGGGCGGACCAUCGCAUGUUUGCAGCGUGGAGACUCUAUCGCCAAGGGUUUCACCCAGAGGCAGUAUGGAUCACCUGUCGCCCGAUCGCGGUAUGACCAGCAGUUCCUGUCUGCGCCACUCCCCUCGCAGCAGCUUCGAUAGCCACGGCGAGUCGGAUCACAACUUGGAUGUACCACAUGGCAGUCGUAAGAGGAGUAUGUCUGCCCACGGCAGCUUUGAGACGGGCACACGGCCUAGGGCCCAGGAAACCUAUCAGUAUUAUCCAGUGUAUGACAACCAGACCUGCAGUGAUCACUAUGUGGCUGCCGCACCAACUGGACGAUAUGGCGGUGGCACUAGUAGCAGGAGCAGGCUAAGCAAAUCCCUGGAGCGCUCCACUUCCAGGGAUAGCACCACCACCAGCAGCUCUUACGGACACAGGGCAUAUGGGGUUUCCCCUGACCGUAACUACGUGGUCUUCAGUUCUGGGCCACUGCGAUCGCAGUCCGCUGAGAAUACCUUCUCUUCGCAGCCCAUAUACGAUCCCUUGCCCCGUCAUCCACCACAACCACUGCAUCAGCCGCCGAUGCACCACCAACAGCAACAGCAGCAGCAGCAGCAACAGCAAUAUAUGAGCUAUGCCCCGGAGAUGGGAGGAUACACUGGCUGCCAGCAUGAUCCGCAGGGCGGCUACCAACUCAGCUCGUCGGCACCGGAGUACACUACAUGCAUCGACUGUCUGUACCAGAAGAGACCCUCCUAGCAUAAGUCCCGCGUGCGGCAGAGUCGCACGCGGAAGAAGACGCCACGUGGAAUGGUGGUGGUCAGUGCUCAGCCGACGGCCACCGGGGGAAUAGGAUUCGUGCCCGAGAUGGGCUCCUCCGAGGCACCCGGCGGUUGUGUAGACUGUCACGACUACUUCGAGAUCCAUGUGUAAGGGAACUCUUCGCCACUCAAGGACCUCCACUAAAAGACCUCCACUAUUUUGAAACCAAAGAUAACAGACGAACAACCCGAAAUGCCUCAAACAAACUAAUUUUAACCGAACUCAGCUCACAUAUACGUAAACUCACAAUGCAAACUAUAAACGAAAGUAAUCAAAAACCGAACACGAACUUCCAACACAAGGGAUUGAAAUCAAAAUAAAGACCUAGCCUACAGGCUAUAUACAAUCUAUUUACUAGAAAACCACGAGCAUAGGUAAUAGAAGAAAGGCACUCUUGAAACUAGAUGAAAAUAGCUCCAACGUCAACAUAACCAAUCGAAGUCCCCAUUCCUUGUACUUGUUGUGUAAGUGUUAGCCAUAAGUCACCGAACCUGAGCGUAGCUAGCUCUUUUAGCGCAGCAUAUGUAGUUUAUACCGAAAACUAAUCAAAGGUUAAAACGGUGGGUAACUAAUCCCGGUUGGCGAAAGGUUGCAUAAUGGGUGUGUGCCACCGUUUUGCAGUUAAUUAUUUAAGUUGCAGCCGAGUUGGGCGCGAACAUUUUGCCGUGAUUUACACAUUCGCCCACAUUCUCACUCACACACCCAACCAACCACCAACACACGCAUUAACGAACAAAAUGGCGGAAGUUCCGCUCGCCUCGGGUGGCAAGUAGAAAUAUUACGUAUACGCCGCGUUGCACACACAAUACUCAAGUGCCGUAAUUACGAGGGCAAACAACAGAAAAGAGCAGUAGUAGCUAGGGCUGAAGCAGCAGCAGCAGCAGCAGCAACUAAAAACUAAAGUUGAAAUUCAUACUCGCACUCAAGUAAACUAUGUACUAAGAGACAGGCAGACAAACAAAUGGCAAACUCAACUUGAAACACAUAUAGAUGGGGAAAUAAGACAGCCAAGAGCAGAAACAAAACGAAAAGACAGCGAGCACAGCUAAAAAGUUCGGCAAAAAGUUCGCCAGCUAACUAACUAUUAGCUAUGUGGGAUGGAAAGGCGGAAAGACGGGGUGGAAACUGUGUCACUUCCGUAAAUGAAAUCAAAAUUUUUUUAAUUACCCAUCUGGCGACAUGAAUCUGCUACUGAGCUGGGCUUUGGGUCGAAUCGAAGGCCAACAUUCCAGGGGUUAACAUUAAAUAUACCUAACAAGAGUUUACCUAUCGAUAUGGGGAUUAUUUACAUAAAGGACAAAAAGGACAACUAGCCGAAAACAAAAUCAAACAUUAGUUAGUUAGAAAAUUUUGCCAAUUUGCACGUGUUGUGCUAUAUCGGGCAUCGGUGUGUGUACCAAUAAUGUUGUGACAAAUAAUUUGCAUAUAUGCAUAUGGUUUUUAUAUGAUUUUUAUAGGUUUUUUAUAGAUAUAAACAAAUAUACAUGCAUAUACAAACUCGACGGGCAAAUCGAAUAAAGCAUUUUCCGCAUGGGUUUUCCACCAUUUCCGUUUCACAUUCCAAUUAAAUCAGCAUAUUUAAAGCAUACAAUAAAAUGGAUACAAAUCAAAAUGGGAAUGUAUUCAGAGAAUGAUAAUCGUAAGUCGUACCUCAAUGUUCAGUAAUGGGUAAUCAUAUUAUAUAUAUAUAUAUGUACACUUAGGUAGCUCUGGAAAUACGCGUAUAUAUAUACAUACAUAUAUAUAUCCUCCCUUUUCGAGGCGCUGGUCGGAAAAUCCUAUUCGAUUUUCCAAUCCAAGCCGCCAACACUCUCGACUAAAUAUAUAGAAAACGGUUAAGAUCAAACAAAUUUCAGGUUGUUGUAACGAGAAUUCAAAGCAGUAUAGAAAAAAACAAACGAAAUAAGAGCAUAGUCAGAAUAAAUAAGUUUAAGCUUCAAGAACAUUUACAGUUUACAGUUUACACUGGGCUUCACAGCAGCAAAAUCAAAACAAGAAAUGAUAACAAAUAUUCACAAAAAUCAAAAUAUACAUCGUAAAUGUGGCAUAUACAUACAUAUAUAUAUAUACAGCAGCAUAUACGGACAGCAUAAAUGUUAAACGAAACUAAAAACUGGAGCUCUCGAAAUCCAUAAAAAAUACGCGAAAAUAAAUGCAAACUAAAUAAAGAUAAGCGAGCAUUGAAGAGGAGCAGUAAAAAACUACUGUGUGCACAACCCAUACACACGGCCGCAAAACACACUGAAAUCCACUAAACAAAUAAUCGAAAAAUCAACACACUAAAUGCAAACUUCAAAAUCAAAUUCGUAAAAACCAAACUAAAGUACAUAACUAAUAAUGGGAACUCCGAACGUAACGCAACUAACUAACUAACUAACUAAAACUAAGCUAACUAAACCAAUCGAAACGCAAUUAACGAAAGUAAAGUAAAUACAUAAAGUACGCAAAAGUAAAUAAAUAUUAAAGGACAGCGACAGAUAGAGGACACCAAUGCAUAUAUGUGUGUAGUCUAUGCACCGAUUUCCUGGCCCAUCCAAAGAAAAUCCUCUCUCGAUUCAAGAAAACAUACCCUCGAUUAGUUAUGCAUUUAAGUUUGUUUAGUAGUUGCUUAGCAGGUAAGUGCGAUAUUAAUUUGUAAUUAGGCAAACGAACGAUGAGUACUUGAAUUGAAUUAGUAAUUAAACAAUUUAACGGGUGAUAUUUCAUUUUGUCUACACACAAUUAUCUCAAAGAUAACUAAAAUCCCAAAAACACAUGGAAAAUUGACUCGAAUAAUGUUGAACUCAGUUAGACAUACCAUACAUACACUUAGUCGUAACUCUUAAGUCGGAGAUGAAGUUGGAGAUAUAAGUAUUAGGCAUGUUAAGUUAAUAGGUAUUAUUACCCGCCCAUUCGAUGCAUUUGUGUGUAUCUCUUUAUAGCGUAUCUGUGUAUCUGUUGUGUCUGUUACAAACACUUGAUAUUAUUAGUUGGCAUCGCUUGAUUAAUAAAAAAAAAAACUCAACAAUCGAAAUUCGAAUCGAAAUCAAUGAACUUUGCAACUUUCCCCACUUCAAUUUGAACGUUUUGCAUUUUCUCUAUCAAUAUCACAAUUAAAUGACAGAGUGUGCCGAAGAUCUAAUGCCAAAUCUUGUACUGCUGAAUGCCAUGCCAACCGAAAGAGAGCAAUGCUAAUGCCAAGUCCAUUAUAAUCGAUCUAUAUAUAUACAUAUAUAUAUAUAUAUAUAUUUAUCUAACUAUAUAUGUCUUAUGGUUACACACACCAGCCCCACCAACUCAAUUCAACUCCUCACCACCCCCCCAACAAAUCCAGAAUCCAGUAUUCAGAAUUUAUUCGGCAUUUUUUCACACAUUGAAACGCAAUUAUUUUCCAGAAAUUUAAUUUUCUGUUUUCCGUACAACUUUUUCUAUGCCAAAGCUAAACAAAAUGAAAUUGAAUUGAAUUUUAUGAAACUCUCAUCUAUGCACAACUUUAUCCAUCAUUUUUGAAUCACGCUCUUGACUUUUGCAUCUGGAAAACUAAUUUCCAAAUUAGCAAGUGGGUUAACUGAAAUUCGAAACAAUUUCAAUUUCACCACUUACACUACCAUAAUUUUCUAAAUUAUAAACACCCCAUUUUCCAUCCGCAUAAAUAUGUACAUCAAAUUCUCGCUAUCAUUUUGCAAAUAAAAUUGGAGUCCUUUAAUGAAGACACACGCGUGAAACAGAAGAGGCAGAACGGAAAAUGUUGGCAUAAAAUGCAAAACUUUUGAUCGAAAAUUGGAAAAAUUGCAUAGUCUUAACUGAAGCUCUUUACAAAAAAAAAAUAAAAAAAUAAAAGCUAAACUAUCUGCAAACGAGAAAAUGAACCAAGCGAUGUCAACAUUUUAGCCAACACAACUCCCUCUCUAUUCAAUGAACCCCCAAUCGCAAAUAUUAGUUAUUAGUUGAAUUAGCUGUUAAUCACUCCCACUACCCAGCCCCCGUCCGCCAAAAACUAUAUCAAGUAGAGAAACCAGACGCUUGAAGUAGUGCUCAUUACAUUAUACAAUAAUUAGUUUUGCUUAUAUUUUUUAAACGACAAAUUUUGCUUGCAUGCUUUUUAACCAAAACGAAUACGAAUUGGCCACCAUUUACUUAUUCAAAUCUGUUCGACACAAUUGUAUAUAACCAAAUGGAGGUGCUACCCUCCGCCCACUUGCUCUUUCUAACUCUUUUGAUCUCUAAAUCUAUAUUUUCUAUCUGACAAAAAAAAAAAGAAGAAAAAAUAAAAACCAAAUCUACAAAUUAAGUUGUGCAAAACCGAAAAG